AUGAAAAUGGACUUAGCUGCGUUAAAGGAACAUAUUCAUAAAAUAGAAGAAAAGGAAGAAGAUAUAGUAUUCCAGCUUCAGGAAGUAAAGGACACUCAACUCAAGAAGGAAUUGAAAAUGAAAGAAAUGGAAGAUAAAAUGUGCGAGCUGGUAGACAGAUCAAGAAGGCUGAACCUAAGGUUCAGAAAUAUAUCUGAGGAAAUAUCAGAUGCUCAACUAUAUGAUUUUUUAAUAAAUUAUUUUAACUGUUUGGGGAUCCUUACGGCACAGCAAGAUAUAAAGAUGUCUCGGUACCACCGUCUUUCCUUUAGAAAGAAAGAUCAGCUGUACCCAUGUGAUGUUAUCGCAGCGUUUGUUUCAUAUGAUCUCAGGACUCAGAUCCUUCAGUUAGCGAGGAAGAUGAAGAUAAAUGACGAAAAGUUUACAGCAAUAAAAGUGCUAACAGAUGUCUCUUAUCUAACGAGGCAAAGAAGAAAUCAAUUUUCCACGGUCUUUCCGUAUCUGAAGAAAUUCAACUUAAAGUUUAAAUGGACCGCUCAAUCAGUUUUACUAAUUUGUUAUAACGAUAUAUGGAAGUCUUUCAAUUCAGUAGAUCUGGCUCAUGUCUGGUUAAAAGAUAUUGAUAUGUAG